AUAACAUCAACGAAAGAGAAAAAAGCAUUAAAAAAAAGCUGAAACAUUUACUUCUUAUACAAUACAAGAGGUCACAUACAUAGGCCUUCUCUCUCUAUCUCUCAACAUUCUACCUUCUUUUCUUUACCUCUUUUCACAACCAUUUCUGAGAUUCCUCCAAUGGUCUUCUCCCUUCCAAUGAAUUGUACAGAUUCCCAGCUACAAUACACACAUCAAUCCCUUCAAUUCUAGUUGCUCUGGGAUUUUUUUGUGAUUUUUUUAAGGACUGUUAAAGACAAACCUUUCUGGGUUUAUUGGUUUCUGCUUUAAUUUUUUCUUCUUCCGCAGACUACCAUUCUGGGUUUGCUCAUAAAACAAAGACUUUCAAGAUAUCUGUUGUAUUUUCAAAAGAAAAAAAAAUCCAUUUUUAUUUUUUUUUUGUCAAAAGAAUAUUAUUUUCCUCUUAUUUUUCUGCAAAUUUUAUUUGUAUUUCUUUUUAUUAAUUUGCGGAAAAAGUUUGAGACAUGGGCAAACAAGGACCUUGCUAUCACUGUGGAGUUACAAGCACACCACUUUGGCGCAAUGGACCACCUGAAAAACCAGUACUAUGCAAUGCAUGUGGAUCUCGAUGGAGGACAAAGGGAACUCUUGCUAAUUAUACCCCUUUACAUGCUCGAGCAGAAACUGAUGUUUGUGAGGAUCAAAGGGUUUCCAGGGUAAAGAAUAUAUUGUUAAAUAAGAAGAAAGAAUUGCCUUUGCUCAAACGAAAGCGGAACCAUGAUAAUGUAAUAUCUAGAGCACCUGAUUACAACCAGGGAUUCCAAAAGGUUGUAGAUGAAGACACAAGCAAUCGAUCAAGUUCAGGAUCAGCUAUCUCUAACUCAGAGAGCUGUGUGCAAAUUGGUCAUGGUGGCACAGAUGCUAGUGAUAUGACAGGUCCUGUUCAGUCAGUGGUCUGGGAUGCCACGGUGCCUUCAAAAAAGAGGACAUGUGUUGGUCGUCCAAAGCCUUCUUCUGUUGAGAAGCUAACAAAAGAUUUAUGCACUAUUCUUCAUGAACAACAAUCUUAUUUUUCUGCAUCUUCUGAAGAUGAUCUUCUUUUUGAAUGUGAAACACCGAUGGUCUCUGUUGAGAUAGGACAUGGAAGCGUUCUCAUUAGGCAUCCUAGCUAUAUAGCUCCUGAAGAAGAGUCUGAGGCUAGCUCUCUUUCAGUUGAUAAUAAACAAUGUCCAAUGAGUGAGGCAUAUUCUUAUUUUGGCGCCAUUCUAAUGCAUAAUGAUUCUAGUCACAUGAAGUCAUCAACUGUGGAAGUUGAAAAGAUCAAGAACUCUACCGUUAAAAGUGACAAGUCUCAACAUGAAAGAGUACAAAUCCUUGGCAAUCAUGAAUCGCCACUGUGCUCAAUAGAUUUAAAUGAUGUUGUAAACUAUGAAGAGUUUUUGAGAAUCAUGACAAAUGAAGAGCAACAGCAAUUACUGAAGUUACUUCCUGUGGUUGAUACUGCUAAACAUCCUGAUAGCCUUAAAUUCAUGUUCAAUAGCUCUCAAUUCAAGGAGAACUUAACUUAUUUUCAGCAGCUUCUUGCGGAAGGAGUCUUUGAUAUCUCUUUGUUGGGGGCAAAACCUGAAGACUGCAAGACUUUGAAAAGACUUGCAUUAUCCAAUCUGUCAAAGUCAAAAUGGGUAGAACACUAUAAUUUUCUCAAGAAAUGUAAAAACAAAGUUGGAAAAUCUACUGGUACAGCAUCAACUAAUGUUGUAAACAACAAGGCAUCAACUAAUGUUGUAAACAUCAAGAGAACACGUGACAGCAGAAAUCAAAACUUUCCAGAAUUUAAGACAAUAAUGAGGAGCCCCAAAAGUGUGAUCACAAAGGUUGGCUAUGAGGGAAGAGAAGCUGUAGAGGAUGGUGCUUGCUAUAGUGCAAAAAGCCUUUUUGCUUUGCCUCCUGAUGCCAAUUCACUCAUGCUCGAUUCUUUAAACUUUGUUGAUGAGAGUACUGAUCAGGAUCUGCUGCUAGAGGUGCCAUCUAACACUUCGUUUCCACAGGCAGAGCUCUUGCACCCAACUUUAAGCCUUGGUGCUCAAGCCAGCACCAGUAGUAGUUCAGUCUACUCACAUCUGGGUCACCAUUAAGAGUAUACUUGGAUACAAGUUAAGAAGAACUUAUAAGAGUUUUUCUACUUAAAAAAAAAAACAAGAAGUUAUAUUUUCAGUAAAGAAGUUCUUAAACUUUUUCAAGCAUGUCUAUCCAGACAGACUCUGGGUAGUUCUACCUGGGUAUUUGGAUGGUUAGCUAUGGUACGUAUUUUACAUCUUAAACAUGUGAUGGUUGUGCUUUUGGUUACUUGCAACCUCCUUUAGCCUGGAUUGCCAACUUUGGAAGUUGGGUGGGGCUUUUUUGUAUAGGUUGGUGACAGAUUGUAACAUAUGGCAUGAAAUGAGGAGGGAUAAUCUCCUGUGUAGUUUUUGUUUUGUAAAUAAUUUUGACACUUUUUUUUUACCCCCAACAACAAAUAAAAUGAAAGGACAACAUUAUGGGACGUGUAUGGAGGAUCUGGACAAUCACACAAUCUAAAGUUAACUUUCAAA